AUGUUGGGAGAAAAGAAGAAAAGAUUCUAACAUGAAUCAAAAGUCAAAUGGUUAAAGUAGACAACAACAAAAAAUAGACUCAGAAAUAUGAGAAAGAAACAGAAGUAAAGUGACAAACAAAGCAGUGCGUAAGGCAGUGUAUUCUAUGUUAAACGAAAUGCUAGCCAGGAAUCCCAAGAAUAUGUCCUUAAAAUUGUAUAAAAAAAGGUCCUUGAAUCACUUUAAACUCCAGAUGAUACUAAAGAAAUUUUCAGCAAUCAUCUUACUACACAGCCAAUUCCAGGUUUUCCAUAAUUAAUUUCAACUAAGGAGGGCCCUCGGUCCGAAUCUUAGAAACUUAUAAAAGUAGUGUCCUCAUAGAAAAUUUAGCAAGCCAACUGUCUUCAAAUUGGUGAUCUAAAUCGCUAUGUGCAUAACGAUCUCAAAUUAGAAAAUAUUCUAGUUGGCCACAAAGAUUCUGAUAUCGUCUAUCUCAUUGAUUUUGGACUUACCUAAAGCUAUUACACUGAGGAAGGAAUACAUUCUGAAAAGGAAUAUGUUAGAAAAUUUUCAGGAAACUUCUUAUUCGCAUCUUUGAACUCUUGUCGUGGAAAUAAUAAAUCAAGAAGAGAUGAUAUUGAAUCUGCCAUGUAUAUCAUGAUUUAUUUACUUAAUGAUAACUACCUGCCUUGGUGUGAUAUAGAGAAAAAAUAUGAGCAAGGAAUGGAAUUCAAAGAUGUUCUCAGAGAAAGACUAGAAAUCGAAUAUACCAAAAGAUUAUUCUCGAUGAUUCCAAAGGAAUUAAUUUAGACUCUUAAAAAUGUACUCACUCUUAAGUUCGAUUAAGAGCCAGAUUAUUAAGAGAUCAUUAAUGCAAUUAGUAAAACUAAAUAAAACUAUUUAGGACACUCUCCUUCAAUUAACAUAGCCACAAAAGUAUAAAAAAUAAUCCAUUAAGAGAAUUCUAAAUUUGAGGCUUCUGAGCGCUCAGUAGACCGAAAUAAUUUGAAUUUCAAAUCAAAGGUUUUGGCAUCUGGAGAUAAUUUUUGUGUAUCUCCAGCUAGAUUAAAUAAUGGAGUGGUUUACUCAUCAAAGAUGUUUGUUCAAUUGCUAGAUAGCUAAGAUUUAGGAGCAAAAUCACCAAUCAAUUUUUCAUCUAGAGCAAAAAGUUAAUUAGGAGCAAGUAAUAGGUCAGUAAAUCCUAUGAAUUAAUUUAGUGAUGUGAGUGAUAAAUUUUAAAACUACAGAAUGGUACGUAAUAAUAAUGAUCCAAGCGAUGAAUUCAAAUUAAACCUUGAUAUUCCUGAAAAAUAUGAUUCAAGGUAUAGUAAUUUAAAUAACAAUCCUUCAUCUCCUUUGGCUUAAAUUAGGAAUAGAAGUCAAAGUUUCAAGAAAAGAUCGUAAUUUAGCAAAGCAAUUCCUAAUAGUUAGUUUGCUAAAAAAGAACUAAGGAAAAAUGGAUUCAAAGGUAGUUCUGGAAAAAUAGAAAACGAAAAGGAAAGUGACUCAUUAUCAGAGUGUAAAGAUGAGGAUUUUGAAUAGGAAGAUAUAGAUGAAGUUAUUAACCGAAAAGCAUUCCGUAUAGCAAACUUAGAAUGCUAGCAAAAUAAUAUUAAGCUUUAGGGAAAAUCAAUAAGUAAAAAUUAACAAAAUCUUUACAACUUGCAUGUUUAAUAAGCUUAAAAAUAUAGUACUUAAUGA